AUGGUCCUCAGUGGGGGGCUGGUCCUGGGACUCCACAGCUUGAUGACCCUCCUGAGCCCCCAGGAAGCUGGGGCCAUCAAGGCUGACCACAUGGGCUCCUACGGACCGGCCUUCUACCAGUCCUAUGAUGGCUCGGGUCAGUUCACCCACGAUUUCGAUGGAGAGCAGCUGUUCUCUGUGGACCUGAAGAAGAGGGAGGCUGUGUGGCGUCUGCCUGAAUUUGGCAACUUUGCCUACUUUGACCCGCAGCAUGGGCUGGCCAGUAUCACGAUGAUCAAAGCGCAUCUGGACGUCUUGGUGGAGCGCUCGAACCGUACCAGAGCCGCCAACGUGCCCCCAAGAGUGACUGUGCUGCCCAAGUCUCACGUGGAGCUGGGCCAGCCCAACGUCCUCAUCUGCGUCGUGGAGAACAUCUUCCCCCCUGUCAUCAAUAUCACCUGGCUGCGCAACGGUCAGACCAUCACCGAGGGGGUGGCCCAGACCAGCUUCUAUGCCCAGCCCAACCAUCUGUUCCGGAAGUUCCACUACUUGCCCUUCGUGCCCUCGGUGGAUGACUUCUAUGACUGCAAGGUGGAGCACUGGGGCCUGGACCAGCCACUCUUUAAGCACUGGGAGCCCCAGGUGCCUACCCUGCUGCCUGACACCACAGAGACCCUGGUCUUCACCCUCGGCCUGGCCCUUGGCCUGGCCGGCUUCCUCGUGGGCGUCAUCCUCAUCAUCACAGGCACAUGCCUGUCCAGCACCCCCAGGUGCGCAGGCCCCGGGGGUCUGGUGGGGAGGAAAGCAGAUGACUCUGCAUGGGACUAG